AGUUAAGGAGGAGGGGCAUUUUGAAGUCAUUUCCAGUCUACCCUAUGGUGACGUAAUCAAACGGCGGCGACUGUCUGGUUAUCCACGCGGAUCUGUUCUCAGAAAUGGAGGCGGCUGAUGGCAACGGGAGUGCGAGUUCCUCUCCAAGGCUACAGAUCUAUGGGGACGUGAUGGUGGUUACCGGUGGGGCCAAGCUUUUGGCUGCCCGUUACAAACAGCCUGGCAAUGAUGAUAUUUUUAUUUAUGACUGUACUACUGCGAGCAAGAAGCCCCAGCAGAAUCAAGGAGAAGACGGGAAGUCAGCAGGUAAAGGAAGUAAUGAUAUCCUUGCUUGCAUCUUUUCUUCGUCGGGAACCUACUUUGCUCUGACCGAUGACAAUAAACAACUGAUUCUGUUUCGAACAAAGCCUUCUUGGGAAUUUCUGAGUGUAAGGUCCGUCAUUAGAAGAUGUACUUCCCUGAUUAUAACAGCAGCAGAAGAUAAGAUUCUGGUUGCUGACAAAUCUGGUGAUGUCUAUUCAUACUCAGUAACAGAGCCUGAAAACACAGGGACAAUUGAACUUGGUCAUUUGUCUCUUCUGUUGGAUGUGGCGCUGAGUCCCGAUGACCAGUAUAUCCUAACCGCUGACCGUGAUGAGAAGAUACGAGUUAGUUUGAAUAGAGCGCCACAUAACGUUGUGUCCUUCUGCCUGGGACACAGAGAGUUUGUCAGCAGAAUAUUUGUAAUACCAAACUAUCCAGAUCUUCUCUUGUCAGCUUCUGGGGACAGUACAUUGAGACUCUGGGAAUACAAAAGUGGGAAAGAAGUACACUGCUAUCAUCUGAAUACUUUGAGUACAUGUGAGGCCUCCAAAAAUGAGAAGAAAUAUGCAGUCUCAAGGACAGCCUAUUGUUGUGAAGGAAAUUACAUUGCCAUUUUAUAUGACUGUGUUCCCACGGUAGCAAUCUUCCAGCUUGACGCCGAAACUCAGAAACUCGUUCACAGACAGAACAUCUCUUUGAUCCACAAAGGCUGGGCCAUUGCAUUUGAGGAAACAGGUGGGCUCUGGAUUCUGCAAGAGAACAAGCAAACACCUCUUCUGUUCUACCAACCUGUGGAUGGGCAAUGGCAGCCUGCAACUGAAGAGAAAGGAUUGAUGAAAAUGUCAAAGUACAUCCAUGAUAACUGGACAGUGUUUGAAGAUUCUGUUGGCAAAGAAAGUUGCUAUCAAAAUCUCUACAAGGCUUCUUUUGAUAACAUGGCUAUUUACCUUCAAAAGAAAGAAGAGAGACUUCAGCAGCAGAAAAGUAAGAGAAAGGAACCACAGCAUGAACCAAAUGGACAGACAAAGAAGGUCAAAACAUGAGCACCACCCUCUUGAUACUCAGUGCAAAAUUUGGCUGCAACUUACAAUGCAUUGGAAGAAGCUGGUCUGAGAACUGAAUCUCUUCACAAAGCACACUGAAGAACAAGCUGGCCUGAUAUUUUCACACACUGCAAAUAUUAACAGAACUAGACUUUAUCAUACUAUCUAACUUGUCAAUGAGAAUUAUGUCUUGUAUAAGCCGUUUCUAGCUACGUGCCUUGUCUUAGCUUAGAUCAGGAUUCCCAAGCCUCAUUCAUGUGCUCUGCAGCAGGUCUGUAAAAAUGGAACUAAAAAUCAUACAGCAUCUGGCACGGUGCAUGACAGUUGCUAGAACAGGCAGAAAAGUCAUUAAGUGGUCCACCAAGACCCCUUUGCAAUUUUCCAGUGACCCAUUGGGAAAAAAGUUUGGGAACCACUGGCUUAGAUGUUACUGAGUAUUCUGAUGUAUUGCAAGGGACACACUACAAAACAUACUCCUCCAAAUCCAGCUGAAAGACUUUCUCGGUUGUGAUUUCUUGCAUACGCCACAAAGAGAGUGUGUGUGUUGGACCCCUGUAUCAAGAAUUGCCCCCUAAAACUCACUCAGCAAGGCCCACCUUAUGUCCUCUGUUCCUUUCUUGUCCAGAAAGGAGGCUGAGAGCAGUGUGGAAUGAGAAGCGGAGGAGAAGACUGUGACAUCAGCAAUUGGGGAAUUGCUGUAGGAACUUGGCCCAUCAACUUCCUUUUUAAAAUGAUCCUUUUGACUAAUCUAGUGGCUAGCUAAGGGUGUACAUGGCCAAAACUAAAAUAUCCUUGAAUAAUUCUACCGAAUGAUUUCUCAGAGCUCACCAUUCAUGCAGUGAUGUCCUUAACUGUAUCACAGUGUGUGAGGUCUGCAUAUCCACAGUUGUCCACUAGUGCAUUUAAACUGAUAGAAACGCAACGUCUUCAUACUGAAGGUAGUGAUUUACUCUCCAACAUAAGAUGAGUCUAAUGAUCUACUGGACCAAUAAUGGGGUUCCUUUGCUGGAGUUUUCCUGUGUCAGUGGAACAAUUUUCUCUAGAAGGAAUCUGUUUGAUUGAUCAUACGAUUUUGUUUGUGUGUGUUAAAAACUAAAUUCAGAUGACUUUUUUUUAAUGGAAAAAGUACAAAGAUGCUUUUGAAAUUUGAUUUAGACUGUAACUAGCCAGUAUGAGCAUCUUUUAUUCAUUUUUUUAUAAUACAAAGCUAAGGAUUUUAUGUUUUGGAUUCUGCUUUAGAAUUUCAGAAGCAUUGAAGGGUUUUUUGACAUACUAUAAACACGUAAUAAAACGGCAACCACAUUCUGGCAGUGAGAGGACUUUGCUUAUAUAUUUCAGCUGUUUGAAGGUAUUCAGAAUCAUAUUUAUUAAGACUGGGACAAUAAAAGGGAGCAAUUGCACCAGCUGCUUUUAAAAUUUAUUUCUCAUUAGGAGGACUGUUGAGAAUGAACUUGAAAACUGUACAUAGUAUAAUAAAGGAAAAUAUGAAAGUAAAAUCCUAUCCACUCUACCUUUUCAAGCUACGGGUUUGAUGAGGGUUGUGCUGGCAAUGUCUAAUGGACAAGAUUUCCAUCCACACAAGCCUUUAUCCAAACAACUGUGCAACUAGUUCCAUACACACAAGAUUAUUGUGCUUGGUUUUUCUUGAACAGUAAGUCAUCAUCUCUCCCAUGCUACAUAACAAGUUGCUUUUGAAACAAAAGGGAUUUUCAAAAUCAAUUUGUAAUGUUCAAAAUCCCACAGAACAUGCCCAACUUCAAUUUAUCCAAGCCAAGGCAUUUCCUUGAAUUGGAUCCUGAGCCCAAUUUGCACUUGCUACCCUGUUUGUGUAAAUAAGCUUUGUGUGUUGAACCUCAAGCUUCACAAUUCUGUUAAGUUUGUCUUAAACUGACCAUUUACCCUGAAUUUCAAGUAGCAUAUUAAGAAGUGAUGAAAGUGGGCACAGGAGUGGAGAGGUGUGGAAUAUCAGCCUCAUUAUUGAACGGAUUAGUCCUUAAGAGGCCUUUCUAGCUGGUGACUAUUUCUGGUAGUUUAGUAUAGUGUUUCUCAAACUGUUGGCCAAGGCUAACCAGUGGCCUCAGCACUGCAGCCCACCAUGUGGUCAUGCAGUAGUCUUUUGGUUGGAUGGACAGUAGCAGAAGCAGCUUCCUACAUGCAAGGGAAGUGUACUUGGGAGGAGGAAUGGCUGUGGGAGCGAGGAUUUAGAAUGCAAAGUUGGAAAGAAUGAAAACGGAGAGAUCAAUGAGUGCUCCCUGGUCUGGGUUUUCCCCCAGCCCUCCAGAGCAGAUCUGGGGAGGAUAUAUGGAGAGGAGAGGGAAGGCAUGUUGCAGUGCACAAAUUAAAAUCACACUAUCAGAACAGCUUUGUCGGAUACUGCCUACAACAUUGAUUUAACCUGUGAAUUUUUAAAACAACAACUGGAUAUUGUCUUUUUAAAGACCAUGGAAUAUACUGCCAAAUAACUAUUGGAAUAAGAAGAAGGGCUGUUAGCACUUGCUUUUAUUUGCUGUACCCCUGGCAAAAAAAUAGACUGCAUGGUAAUAAAAUGAAAUAUUGGAGCAUCUCAAUCUCUUUUGUUGUUUCUUAAGAGAGUUAAUUUAAACUCCUGGAUGUCCUGUUCCAGAUAAUACUCAUGCCAAGCUAACAAAUAGCCACUCAAACAAUUGUCACCUUUUGUGCCGUAUAAAUUGAUGUCUGUAAUCAGAAUGUUCAGCAUGAGCAAUUCUUUGCUUUCCUUUGUUCAAACUAUUCCAAAUUAAAUUGUCAUCAUAUUGAAGGCCAUGCUUUAAAGAGCCUUCAAAUUACAACUUACAAGUUGUAUUAAAGAGUCUGUGACCAUGUUUUGGUAUAGAACUCUCUCUCUCGUGGUUGUAUUGGAGCUGCUCCUUCCUAGUUUUAUCCUCACUGCUUAGUUACACACUCACAUUCUAAGGCAUAUAGGUGGGUUCUUUGUUGGGAAGAAUAAAAGAGUAUAUUUGCACGCUGAUCCUUUAUUCUUUAUUAUUAGGUCAGUGUUUUUAAAUUAUUUUUUUAAGAGAGCUCCAAGCACACAAUGUGUUGGAAAUAGGUUUCAGAUACUAAACCGGUUACCAGGUGUUUCAGUGUGAGGGUUUGGUUACCCUUUGGGCAGAAAAAUUAAUAAAUGACAACUUUCUAUUCAAUUAUCUGCCAAGCAAGUUGCACCUCGCAUGUUUUGUCCAUAAAUAAAACCAGACAUUUUCCAAGCUUGGGCAUACUAUAGCCCUAUUCAGGCAUUCACUCAGCAUGGUUAUAAUCAUAUGGAGCAGAAGAACAGAGCUGCUGCCCCUGUGACCCUACUAACUCCACCCCCCUGCUGUCCAUGCACUGUCCGCACAUCUGGAAAGGGGAGCCUGCUCUACGUGUGUAGACUCCUCUCGCCAUAUAGGAUAAACUAAUGCAACACAUAUCAGGUGGAGAAGAGCCUACAGUGAUGUGUGGUGAGGAUUGGGGUAGCAUGCUCAGGCAAUGGUCCUUGGCAUGAGAAUAGAUGUGUGUUACAAGAACACAAGGCUUUCCUUGUUUUUCUCUGUUAAAUGUUGGAGGAUGUAAAACCAUUUUUUAUUACACAGAGCUCGCAAAUGAAGUUACAACAAUCACCAUAGUUUCCUAGCAACAGUAUGUUGCACAUUGACUGGCAAAAAUGAUAUAUCCCCAUAACGGAAGUGUCCUGAGUGAAGACCUUGGGAUGUCUCAUUAUAUAUUUAAGGCAUUUAUGUCUCACCUCUCUUCAGCAUGGCUUCCAAAAAUCAGAGCUAAGGUGGCCCCUGUUUUCAGUCUCACAAUCUAAUCAGACACAACACAUGAGGAAACGGAAAAGAAAGUGAGGAGGGAAAAGCAAACUCAAAUACAAGUUCUUAAAGUUACACUUCUGUCUGUGCAGGUUCUGACUCUAGAAGAGCAGCAACUCCUUGCCAUUGUCAUUAGUAGUUGUGGCUGUCUUACCCUUCUUAAAGAGCAGUUCCUCUCUGGAAACGUUCUUCUCUCCCAGAUCCAAUCCUGGAGCCGAAGAGGUGACAAGGUCCAGACCAGAGUGGCUCCUGCCAUGCCACUUGUUACAUGUGUAAUAGCUGCUCAUUUCUUGUGCUACAUACUGAGUGUAGUGAGAUUGAGAUUUUCUUUUCCUAAUAAUAAGGAAGCACACUGAUAUUAAGCUGUUUUCAUUAUGUCCAAUAGGUGUCUCUGCAGUGAUUUGUAUGAAAGUAGAAGACAUUUAUGCAAAUACAAUAGAAUCCCUAGGGUUUAUUACUUAUAUUAUUUAUCACAGUUGCACGCUGAUCCUGAUCUUCCCUGGAAGAGCUCAGGGCAUCUCAAAGCAGAAACUUAAGUAAGGCUGACCUAAUUUCUUGUGUGCUGUUGAAUUUGGCUUGAAUCAAGCAUGUGUC